AUGUCUGUUGCACAAACAAACACUUGGAUGAAUGAUAUGUCACAGAUUCCAGUCAUGUGCAUAUCGCAG